CCCCGCAGCCCUGGAAGACGUUCCAAGGGUGUUAGGGGCCCGACUUUUCGGGGCUCAAUCUGGGACUCUGGUUAGAGGAGGAGGAUCCGGACUUACGGCACCUCUGUCUGUAUUUUUGGCUUUCAGAGGGCCCCGGACCUUUGCCACCUCCAUCUGACUUUUUGCUUUCAGUUUGGUACCAAAGCCGUGCAGCACGCCUGUCUGUUGUUUGUUUGACUGUUGGUGUUGUUUGUUUUCUCUGUGUCCUAAUCUUCCUUAGAAGAAACCUGUCCUCCCGGCAGACCCAAACUCCCCUCUCAUAGAUCUUCUCUCUGAAGAUCCUCCUCCCCCAUAUCGUUUACCUACAGGCCCGGCUGAAACGGAGGAGGCAGAGCCGCCGGCCAGAUCAGUUGCCCGGCCACAGUCUGAUAAGGGUUUCUCCCCUGUCGCAGGGAGAUUGCGCAAUAAGCGCGAGGUGAUGCCAGAUUCAACCUCCCAGGCUUUCCCACUUAGACAGGGAACCGGUGGCCAGACCCAAUACUGGCCGUUUUCAGCAGCUGACAUUUACAAUUGGAAACAACACAACCCUUCUUUCUCCAAAGAUCCGGUGGCACUCACCGACCUAAUAGAAUCUGUUUUACUUACCCACCAGCCUACUUGGGAUGACUGCCAACAGCUCUUACAGGCCCUCUUAACCUCAGAAGAAAAACAAAGAGUGUUCCUAGAGGCCAGAAAGCAUGUUCUGGGAGAUGAUGGGCGUCCCACCCAGCUGCCUGAGAAAAUUGAUGCUGCAUUCCCACUUAAGAGACCAAACUGGGAUUUUAAUACAGCUGAAGCCCUUCUCUGAGGGCCCAUUUACAGGCCCUACAGAUUGUGCAGAGAGACGUCUGGAGACCUUUGGCCGCUGCUUACCAGGACAAGCUUGAGCAUCCGGUGGUGCUACACCCGUUCCAGAUUGGAGACACCGUGUGGGUGCGCAGACACCAGACCAAGAAUCUCGAGCCACGGUGGAAAGGACCCUACACCGUCCUCCUGACUACCCCGACCGCCCUAAAGGUAGACGGAGUCACGGCUUGGAUCCACGCAUCACACGUCAAGGCAGUCCGGUCUGAGGAAUUGACUAAUCACAACACUACACCCCAGACAUGGAGAGUUCAGCGCACUCCAAACCCCUUAAAGUUAAAACUCCUACGUGGCUCCUCCUAGUCCUUUUGUGGCCUAGAGUCAGUGGGGAAAUAAGCCCCCACCACAUUUAUAACAUUACCUGGACAGUCACUAAUCUCAUGACAGGAAGGCUGGCUAAUGCUACCUCCGUAAGGGGGACGCUGGCCGAUGCCUUCCCUCCCUUAUACUUUGACCUUUGUGAUGUGAUAGACUACAAGUGGGAGCCUGGCACUACCCAUAAUUGGCAUCCCUCAACCACCUACUAUGGUUGCAGUCUGGCUUCCCACAGCAAAGAGAUCUACGUUUGCCCUGGACACAGAGUGAGCCGGCAGUGCGGAGGGCCGGGGAGUGGGUACUGUGCCCAGUGGGGAUGUGAGACUACUGGGGAUGCGUAUUGGAAGCCAUCCUCAUCUUGGGACCUGAUAACUCUGAAACGAGACGGUCGGCUUCCUUACACCUUGUGUAAACGGGGUGCGAAAUGCAAUCCCCUCGUCCUCCACUUCACCGACUCAGGUAGAAGAGCGACCUGGGACGGGCCCAAAUCUUGGGGCCUGCGCUUAUACGUCACAGGGACCGAUCCGGUGGGUCUGUUCUCUCUAAAUAGACAAGUCUCUCCCCUGGCCACUCGACCCAUUGGACCCAACCUAGUUCUACCAGAUCAGAAGCCUCCCUCGCUCCCGGCACAAGCCCAACCCCCAUCAUUGCCUAAGGUCACCCAGGCCCCGCGUAGUACCCCUACAAGCCCCUUCUCCACAACGGGGGGCUCCACCAUUUUGAUCUCCCCGUCGCCAGGCACCGAGGAUCGAUUAUUCAAUUUGGUGGCUGGUGCAUAUCUGGCUCUCAACUAUUCAGACCCUUUUAGGACUCAGGAGUGCUGGUUGUGUCUCGUUUCCAGUCCGCCCUAUUAUGAAGGAGUGGCAGUCAUUGGAAAUUAUACCAACCUGACUGCUGCCCCAGACAGUUGUGCCAAUACCCCCAGCCACAAACUAACUCUGCCCGAGGUCUCGGGACGAGGGCUCUGCUUGGGGAAUGUACCCCCCACACACCAGACCCUCUGCAACACCACUCAGAAGAUUCCCAUCGGGAAUUACUUCCUGGCAGCCCCAAAAGGCACUUACUGGGCCUGCAAUACCGGACUAACACCCUGCAUCUCAGCCACAGUCCUCAACCAAUCCUCUGACUAUUGUGUAUUAGUAGAAAUUUGGCCCAAAGUCACCUACCAUGAAUCCGAGUAUAUAUACUCGUUUUUCGAGAGACAGACUCGUUUCCGACGAGAGCCUGCCACCCUGACUUUAGCUUUACUCCUAGGAGGAAUCACCUUGGGGGGAGUGGCCGAGGGUAUAGGGACCGGGACCACUGCACUCAUAGAAACUGGUCAUUUCCGUCAGUUACAAGCAGCCAUGAAUGCAGAUCUUAAAGCUAUAGAAGAGUCUGUGCGUGCAUUAGAAAAGUCCUUAACAUCGUUGUCUGAAGUGGUCCUCCAAAAUAGACGAGGGCUAGAUAUGUUGUUCCUCCGCGAGGGUGGAUUAUGUGCUGCUCUAAAAGAAGAGUGCUGUUUCUAUGCAGACCAUACUGGAAUAGUAAGAGAUAAUAUGGCUAAGCUUCGAGAACGCCUGGCCCAAAGACAAAAACUGUUUGAUUCCCAACAGGGAUGGUUCGAGGGGUGGUUUAACCGAUCCCCUUGGUUUGCUACCCUCCUGUCUACCCUGACGGGACCCCUACUUAUUCUUCUCCUAAUUCUUCUUUUUGGACCCUGCAUCCUUAAUAGGCUGGUACAGUUCAUGAGGGAUAGACUUUCAGUCAUUCAGACCCUCGUACUGACGCAGCAGUACCAUAGGCUGAGACAACAAGAGACAGAAAUUUCUUGACCAAGUCGAGUGAAAGAUUUCACUCAAAGUUAGCAAAAAAAAUGGGGGAAUGAAAGACCCCAGCUUAGCAGCAGUAACGCCAUUUUGCAAGGCUGUACUUAAGAUGACUGGUUCAGGGAAAGGUUAGAACACUGAGUACACAGCGGCUGCCAAGCAAGAUGUGUUUGGUUGAAGGCCUGGCAACAGGACGACUGCGGCUGAGCACCUGACAAUGAGAAAAGCCCCGAGAGAGGUCCCACACCCUGGUGGGGGGCCGAGUCAGCCGUUAUGUUCCAGGAAGGUAGCUAGGAAACUUGCCCCUGGGCUGAACCCUUGCCACAUUAGAAUCCACCAAUUAUAUCCCUGUAACCAUACAUCUGCUUCUGUAUGCUUGCUUCUGCUCCCCAGAAUCCUAUAAAAAGCCCAUCCUUGGUUCCGUGGGGCGCACCAGUCCCCCGAGUGACUGAAGCGCCCACAGGUGCCUGUGUAUCCCGACAAUAAACCAAAUCCUCUUGCUGAUUGCAUCCUGUGGUCUCGGUCUGGUCAUUGAGUUGGAGGGUCUCCAUC